UCUCCAAAAUGGCGCUACGGCGAUGUUACGGUGCCGAAGUAUUUUUUUUUUAUUUCCAUACAAAAAGUAUUCUCGUCGCUUCAUAACGUUAUGAUUGAACCACUGGUGGCAGAUGGAGUAUUCUGACGAUGUUUUUCAUACUUUUCUGGACCUUGACAGUGUAAUUUAAUUUAAUCUAAAAUAUCCUGAAUUGUGUUCCGAGGACGAACAAAGCUUUUACGGGUUUGGAACGACAUGGGGUAUCCAGUGGUUGGUCAUGUCUGCCUUGGCGUGAGAUUGUGACGGGGCUAUUUCUGUCUGAGCCAUUCGGUCAUUCCGGUAAGAGGGCGAGGAAUCCCAGAUCAGAGCAGAACGGAGGGAGAGGGGGCCGAUACAGCCACUACUCAUUUACAGUACACUUUUCUUCCUAAAUACAGUGUUAUCUCAUUACACUCACAGAAUGACUUAAGUAUUUUCCUAACACUUUUGUUACAGUUAUUGUUAAAACAUGGUUUAAUUGCUGGAGUCACAUAAAGCAUUAUAUAUAAGCAGCAUCACAUUAAAGCAUUAAAUGUGUUAACUUUCUGCACUACAAAUCAUGAAGGUCACCAUCUAAGCCCUGAUUUCUUUGUAGUCAGUAAAUAGCAAGGCAUCACAAAGCUGGGCUGCCAUCUAGUGUACAGAACGUGAGCUGUUUGUUGAUAUUUUUUUAAUAAAUAAGAAUGUCCUAUUUAUUUCUUGUAUGAAACAGCGUUCUGUUUUAUUGUGUGAAUAUUUGCAGAGAUAGAUGGUCAUCAUAACCUCACAGCAAUGUCACAAAUAUUUCUUUGGUUUUCAACAUGGAAUUUUAUCCUCACCCUGUGCCUUGGCUGCAAUUAUGAGCACAUUAUGGGGCCAGUGAGAAAUGCGGAAAGAAAGGCUACUUUGUUGCUAAUGCCAUUGAGUGGGUGGGUCAAACAGACCACUCUUGUAUAUAUUGUUGUAAAAAUCAUUUGGCCUCAUUGGUGUGAAAGGGACGGAUAUAUUUAGUUGGUUAUUACAAAGAUACAGACUGCAAACUUCUCUGCACAAUUAAGGUUUCAAAGGAAAGAAACAAAGAAAAACAUCUCAGUACUUGUACAAAACAUGAAGACAUUGUGAUAAGCCAAUAAUGCAGUCAAUAGGGUCUUUCCUGAGGGGCCUGUGCCGCAGGAAGCCCCUGGAACCAGAGGGAGAGGUCUCCACCUUUCAUCGCUGUCUUACAACAUUAGAUCUGGUGGCUUUGGGAGUGGGCAGCACCUUGGGGGCUGGUGUUUAUGUGCUCUCUGGAGAGGUGGCCCGGACCCUGGCUGGACCAAGUAUUAUCAUCUCCUUCUUCAUUGCUGCUUUAGCUUCUGUCUUUGCUGGGCUCUGCUAUGCUGAGUUUGGAGCAAGGGUUCCUAAGACCGGCUCUGCCUAUCUGUACAGCUAUGUGACUGUAGGAGAGGUGUGGGCCUUCACCACAGGAUGGAAUUUACUACUGUCUUAUGUCAUCGGCACAUCAAGUGUGGCCAGGGCAUGGAGUGGUACAUUCGAUGAUCUUAUUGGAAAUGUGAUGGCUAAUUAUUUUAGCAAAUAUGCUGCCAUGAAUCUGCCUGGGCUGGCAGCUUACCCAGACUUCUUUGCAGCUGGUCUCAUAAUGAUUCUCUCUGGUCUACUUGCGUAUGGUGUGAAAGAAUCAACCACGGUCAACAAGAUAUUUACAAGUGUUAAUAUACUGGUGUUGGUAUUUGUCAUCAUCGCUGGCUUCGUCAAGGGAAACCUACAGAACUGGUAUAUCACUGAAGACCUCAUCCUGAAUGCGACAGCAAAGCAUGAAAACCUAACAUCCACCAUCAACAUCACCACUCAGUAUGGAGUAGGUGGCUUUUUUCCAUUUGGAUUUGAAGGAACACUUGCCGGGGCAGCUACAUGUUUCUAUGCAUUUGUUGGCUUUGAUUGCAUUGCAACUACAGGUGAGGAGGUGAAGAAUCCUCAGAAGUCUAUACCUGUGGGUAUCGUGGCAUCUCUGCUCAUCUGUUUCCUGGCGUACUUUGGUGUUUCGGCUGCUCUCACUUUGAUGAUGCCAUAUUACAGACUCAGCAUUCAGAGUCCUUUGCCUGUGGCCUUCGCUUACAUUGGCUGGGAUGCGGCAAAGUACGUUGUGGCAGUCGGGUCCCUGUGUGCUUUGUCAACAAGUCUCUUGGGGUCCAUGUUCCCAAUGCCCCGUGUCCUGUUCGCCAUGGCCAGAGAUGGACUAAUGUUCAAAUCACUGUAUAAAGUCAGCUUACGGCAGAGUCCAGUGGUGGCCACACUAUCCUCUGGCACUGUGGCGGCAAUAAUGGCUCUUUUAUUUGACCUGAAGGCAUUGGUUGAUAUGAUGUCGAUUGGAACCCUCUUCUCCUACACACUUGUGGCUAUUUGUAUUCUCAUACUAAGGUAUCAAGAGACGGCUUCAGAGGGAAAUGAUUUGUGCACACCCACAACUUCGAUGUUUGGUUUUUUAAAACCCCCUUCGUACCCUACCAAUGAAACUUCAAACACUGUUACAACCUGCACAGUUUUUCUUGUUGUGUUGGUGCUUAUUCUGUCACUGCUGAUGAGCAAAGCUAUCGGAUCUUUGUUGUUUCUGGAGAUCUGGUGUCUUGUGAGCGUAACUGUGAUCCUGAUCAUAAUAUUACUCACGGUUUUUAUUAUCUGGAGGCAACCCCAGAAUCCAACCAAAGCCUCCUUCAUGGUACCAUUCUUGCCUUUACUCCCUGUGGCAAGUGUGUUCAUCAACAUUUACUUGAUGGUUCAACUGGGAGGAGACACCUGGAUUCGCUAUGCUGUGUGGAUGGCUGGGGGUUUCCUUAUCUACUUUGGAUAUGGAGUGAGGAACAGCGUCCAGAAGCAAAGGUUACUCAGCAGUCAGGUCACCAUUGAAACCACUGAAACCAAAUCAGAUGAAGAUGGAAAAAAAUAAAUUGAUGAACUACAGAAAAAUCCUGUGCAUCUGUCACAUCUGUCAAGUAGAUGCCAGUUCAGCAAGAAACUCUUUCUAGGGUUUUUUUUUUUUUUCUAGAGCUUUUAUCGUAUGUGCAGUGAAAUAAUCUCUGUCAUUUUAUACUUUUUAUAAUAAAUAAAUAAAUAAUUCUGAAUCUU